CAUACUCACCAUCUUCUGGGGGAGAUAGAUCACACCCUCCCAUAGCUGGAAGAAGACAUGGCAUGGCUGGCACCCAGCCCAUCCAGAAUGCUGAAUAGGAAGAAGGGGAUAGGAUUCUGGGGGUGGCCAUGGCUAUUGGCGCUGCUACUCUGGGUCUCAGAAUUCCAAGCUGUGGACAAAGAGGAGGUGGCCCAGUGCCUGAAUGAAGGAGAGAACCUGACGGUAGUCUGCACCUACAACCUGAAUCUCUAUGCUUCCAGUCUCAAGGCCUGGCAGCGGGUGACAAGCCAGGGCCCUCCACAGACACUGGUACACACCACCACUAGGGACCCAGAUGUGAACCGGGCCCAGAUGGGGCGGUACCUGCUUGAGGAUUUCCCCACAGAAGCCUCCUUCAGGGUGAUAAUGACAGAGCUCCAGAAACAGGACUUGGGGCUGUACCAGUGUGUGAUCAACCUCUCCCCCAAUGACCCAGUGGUCCUGCUUCCCCGGACCAGGCUAAUGCUGUGCACAGUGGGCACCAUACAUCUAUCUGGUCUUUUCCAUCAUCAGAAUCAGCUUUGGAGUGACAUGGCCUUGAGAGCCCCCCAUCUGUUCUUGCUCCCUGCCCUACUGGUGCUCCUGACCUCAGGAUUCUGGGGAGAUGCGGCUAAUCCUGAGAUGCUUCAUGAAGUGGUGGGAAGGACACUUGCCUUGCAGUGCCAGUACCCUCCUGAAAAAGGACCCUACAAGAGUAAAUCAUGGUGUCGCCAGAUCGCUCCAAACAGUUGUCAGAGGGUAGUGACCACCUUGCAGCCAAGGGAAGCAGUUAGCAACUCGAAUACCAUGAUCUGGGAUGCUCCUGAUGCUGGCAUCUUCAUUGUCCUCAUGAUUCAACUGAAGGAGGAGGACUUGGGGACCUACUGGUGUGGGAGAUAUAACUCCUCCAAGAACAAGAUUGAUAUUUUCAGAAAUAUCACUGUGGUCAUGCCUCCAGCUACUACUUCUUCUCCUGUGAAAAUUUCCACAACGUUUUCCCCAAGUACAGCUACUUCCUCUUCUCCUGUGAGAACUUCCACAACGUUUUCCCCAAGUGCAGCUCUGACCUUUUACUCAGAGGGAACUUCUGAUCCACCUUGUUGUAAUAUCUCUGAGCACAGGAGCCAAAUCUACCCCUCUUCUGGGGUUCCAGCUUCCCCCAUACCACUGAUGGCCAUGCUAUGUGGACUCUUUGUGACCAAGGUUCUGGGACUGUCAGUCCCUGUGCUGCAGAUGCCAGCCACAGGAAUCUGCUCCUAAGCAUUAAGCUGAAUGACCAUGUGAUAAGUCACUGUGACACAGACUAUUGGAGAUGGCCCCCAGCUCCUAAAUGAUUUUUGAAGACCCUGCAUUUUAGCACUGAGCCCUCUGAGAUCCACCCUCCUUAAAAUCCAACCUUCUCUCAAGAUUUCAUCACAGAAGGUUUUGCUGCAUCUAGUUAACACCUCCUGGUAUACAGCUCAACACCCAUCCUAACUCCACCCCGUCCUUUUCUCAUCUGGGCAACCUGAUUGCUAGCCUUUUUUGUUUCUUGCUUCUGUACUACCUGAACAUUCCAGUAUUGUAUUUUCUCCAGUUCUUGAGUUCAAGUCUUUGGAUUAUGUGUUGUGGAUAACUGAGGGAAAAGGCUCAUGAAUAUCAUUGGCUUUUCUCUUCUUCUACUCUUCAAACAUUAAAACAAGAUAAUUUAAAGGUAAAUCAUAAAAUGGAAAAUAAAGAAAUCUGUGACAAAUGAUCAAAAA